AUGGGUCGUGUUUUCACUUACCCCUCGUGCCGAACGGCAGGCAUGCACGGGUCGAGUUUUCACUCACCUCUUGUGCCGAACGGCAGGCACGCAUGGGUCGAGUUUUCACUUACCCCUUGUGCCGAACAGCAGGUGCGCAUGGGUCGAGUUUUCACUUACCCCUCGUGCCGAACAGCAGGUGCGCAUGGUCGAGUUUUCACUCACCUCUUCCUGCCGAUUCCCUUCGAAUCUUCAAAUCAACCUCUUGUCUCGGGGACUUGGGGGACUACAUGA